UCAAACACCGCCUGAUUCUAGCUCAAAGCCGACAGAGUUCGGUCAAAUUCUUCAGUUUACAGCUUUCUCAAUCUGAUCUGUCAUUUUCUAUCCGAAGCCAAAACGAGGGAAUCCGGGUCAACUCGCCCACGAUGCAUCACUCGCAGCUCGCCCCGCUGCCGAAUGACUUGCCCUUCCGAAUAGUCUCCAAGACGAUCGGCCAGGGUGCAUAUGCCUGCAUCAAAAAAGCCGUCCCCACACAUACCGAUAGCCCGGUCUUCGCAGUCAAGUUCAUUCACAAGGAAUAUGCCGCUCGUCAUGGCAAAGUCAGCGCGCGACAACUACAGAUGGAGGCGACGGUCCACAAGCAUAUCGGCGACCAUAACAAUAUUAUUUCCUUCUUCCAGACGGGUGAGGACGAUGUGUGGCGCUGGGUUGCGAUGGAGCUGGCCGAGGGUGGCGACCUUUUCGACAAGAUCGAAGCUGACGAGGGCGUGAGCGAGGACAUCGCUCACGUCUACUUCUCCCAACUCAUCAGCGCAGUGGGCUAUAUGCAUUCUAAGGGGGUCGGACACAGGGAUAUCAAGCCCGAGAACAUGCUGCUGGCUGCGGAUGGCAAUCUCAAAAUCGCCGAUUUCGGGCUGGCUACACUAUUCGAGUACAAGGGCGUGACCAAGCUGUCCACGACGUUCUGUGGGAGUCCGCCAUAUAUUGCACCUGAAGUGAUCUCGUGCAGUAGCAGGAGUCAAGCCAAAGGGAAGGGCUACCGACCGGACCUGGUGGAUAUUUGGUCGUGUGGCAUCGUCUUGUUCGUCCUCCUGGCCGGCAACACCCCGUGGGACAGCCCGACGGAAACGAGCUACGAGUAUCAAGAAUACAUCGCCACUCGUGGGCGUACGACCGAUGAGCUUUGGCAGCAAUUGCCCCCGGCUACGCUUUCACUACUCCGCGGCAUGUUGACCGUGGAACCCGCCAGUCGAUGGUCUCUCGAAGACGUCCGACGACACCCCUGGUACACUCGGCCAAACAAGUACUUGUCGCGCAACGGGACCCUCAGAGAUACCAUCAACAUGGCAACGACGAUGUUCGAGUCCCUCCAUAUCGACUUCUCGCAGAACCCCUUCGCCCGACCGCACGCCGGCGGUAGCCAGGGCUUGGAACGGAUAGAUCUUGACAUGGGGGACGGAUUUGACUCCGACCAGAGGAUCUCGUCCACGCAGCCGGAAAUGCCGCGAAGCGAUAUGCUGCUGGACUGGGACACACCACAAGCGGCGGACGCCUUCUCCUCCACGCAGCCCAUGGGCCGGCCGCUGUUCGCGAAGAACGACACCCAACCCCUCGACCACCUCGAGGAUGAACCGUCCAUGUCACAGUUCUCCCCGCAUCCCUCCGUGCCCCUCUCUCGCACACAAAAGGCCCUCCGCUUCCACGACAUCGUCCCCGCCCGUGCCAUGACGCGGUUCUUCUCGACGUGGGAGCUCAAAAUCCUGGUCCCCCUCAUCUGCGAGGCGCUGCAUCGUCUGGGCGUGCCGGUGCCCGCCAUCCCGGCCGUCUCCGCCGGAGACACAUCCGCCACGCUCCGGAUUAUCACCCGCGACGGGCGGAUGUGCACGCUGCAGGGCAAGGUCCUGAUCGAAUGUGUCUCGGAGGGCCUCUUUGAGAUCGAGUUCAUGAAGGUCAAGGGCGACCCGCUCGAGUGGCGGCGGUUCUUCAAGAAGGUCGCUGUGCUCUGCAAGGAUGCGGUGUACAAGCCUGAUAGCUGAGAGUCCGCCCCAAACCCCUACUAUCUCCGGUGCCCUUCUUUCUGGGUUGGUGGGAAACGCCACAUUGGCGGACUUUCUUCUUUUGUGUGUGUGUGUGUGUGUGUUUGUUGGUUGUCUGUUUGCUUCUUCUGGUAACUCUAUGUCUUAUGGAUAAUGUACGAUUUAAUGCGAUAAUGAUGGGCUUUGGGAUUGGAUUAGAGAGAGAAAUCAAAACAAGCAAGCGUGAUUCUAU